AUGGAUUACAUGAGCUCAAACGCCUUCUGCAUUCUACUCAUACUCAUACUUCAAAGGCAUGCAAUAGCGUCGAGGAGUGAACAGUCGCUCACAGAGCAGUCAGUUCAGCACAAAGGGGUCUGGAUAAAUAAGGGUUUGAUGUAUUCGCUCUGCGUCUCAUUACAAUUCGACAGGCGACAUUGCGCCAACUUUAGCCUUGUUCAGCGUCCGGUGGCAAAAAACCGGUUACUUCGCCCUGACUGUGCCUUUCUCAUGAAUCGACUCAAGUGCUCCCUGUACAAACUCAACUGUCCAUCCCAUCCAGAUUUCUCAUUUCAGGUGAGUUCUUACAGUAACACUGGUGGGCUCUCGAUGUAUGAUAUCCCGUGCCAGAGUUCAUGUCAUGUCACGGUGGAUAUCUGCGGCACGCAGGCGGUCAGCUCUCAGGAUUUUACUGGCCACUGGCAGGCCUACCCAAAGCGCUCAUCAUCGCUCUAUUUAUCGAGCACACCGAGCUCCACAGUCCACCUUCGUCCUACGCUAGGCGUUGCACCACCAACGUGGCAACAGCGUUCAACCCCCCCAUCGGGCCAGUCGGUGUGGCCAUGGCGUCCCUACGUACCCUCCAUCCCCCAUAGGCGAGCGCCUCGUGCCUCUUACCAAACAGUUGGAAAUAGUGGCAGUGGCGAUCGGGUUGAAGACGAAAAUGAGGGAGGGACCUGGUAUCUGCGCCAUGAGGACUGUCGCCUAUUGCCCUCUGGUGGAUGCGAUGAUUGGGCUAGGAAGCUUGUCAAACACCAUCGCUACUACACUCGAGAUUAUGCUUCGGAAACACGCCAGAAUUCAGGGUGUCCCAGAAAUUUCGAAGCUACUUGUGAAAAAAUGUUUCCUCAAAAUUUCAACAAAAAUGACUGGAAACAGGGUAACUUUACAGUAGCCCUCAUAAUGCGAAUUAGCCAGACCUUUUGGUGGUUUGGAAAGUCCGACCGGUUUCAAUCGUUUUUUCGAUUCAAUGUUAAACGUACUUUGAAGUCGGACAUCGUGGAGUACAACGACAAAAUUAUUCUCACCAACGCCUGGCCAAGCACUUGCGCUUGUCCCAACAAGUUGGUGGUCGGUAAGAAGUAUCUCCUCCUGACGCACUCUCGGAUCUCUCGUCAAAGUCUGAGGAUCUCAACAGAGAGCGUCUUCUUAGAGAAACCCAAGAAGUAUAUGCGACUUAUUUUGCCCUCUGAUCACUCCAGCAUAGGUGAUGCUGGAUGGGAUCGUGCCCACGCCAGGGUUCCAGGAAUGGAAGAUAUGGUCAAAGUCGUUGGAAUUGGCGUUGGCAAAACAGAAGGCACUAAUGAGAGAACCGCAAUUCUGCAAAAACUCUCCUUCGGACGCGCGUUUGGAAUGGGCUAUUUCUCCGUAUUGGCUCUACCCCUCUUUUCGGAUGCGAUCUAUACAUGCAUGUGUAUGUACCCAUAUAUACACACAUCUAUACAUGUAUCCAUAAUGAAUUACGAUCAACAAGGUGCACAAGUCAUCGAAUUUUUGUUAUUGUUGAUCGUUGGCAGCAGUUCAUCCAGUUGA